AUGGCUGGGGGGGUGUGGGCCCGGGGCAGGAGCCGGGGAGCCCCUGUAGGGGCUCUAACCUUGACGGCUCUGGCUGAAGGGAUCUGUGCUAGCCGCGGGCAGGCCUCUCCACCCGCUUCUACGGGCCUUCAGCCCCAGCCUGGGGAGCUUGAACCCCAGGCUGAGCUCCAGGCACAGCCACCUGCCGGCUCUGGAGAUGCGGAUGUAGAUGCUGCUGUGGCGACCCCCACAGCAGGCAGUGAGCCUUGCUCCCCGCCCAGCGCCCAGGAUCCAGCCCCUGAGGGCCCCUACCAGGCCCCCCAGGGACCCUGGGAGGAAGGAGCCCUGGCGGACCUCGCAGUCUACACGGCCGCCUGUCUGGAAGAGGCUGGCUUUGCCGGGACCCAGGCGACGGCGCUCAGCCUGACCUCAGUCCUCGAGGCUCGUGGGCAGCGACUGGAGGACCAGGUGCAUGCCCUGGUGCGCGGGCUGCUGGCACAAGUGCCCAGCCUGGCAGAGGGGAGGCCCCGGCGCGCAGCCCUGCGGGUGCUGAGUGCACUGGCCCUGGAGCACGCGCGGGACGUGGUGUGUGCACUGCUGCCGCGCUCGCUGCCCCUGGACUGGGCGGCUGCUGAGCUGUGGCGCAGCCUAAGCCGGAAUCAGCGCGUGAACGGGCCGGUGCUGGUGCAACUUCUGUGGGCGCUGAAGGGCGUGGCAGGGGCGGAGCCUGAGGCACUGGCGGCCACGCGUGCCCUCGGGGAGAUGCUUGCGGUGUCUGGCUGCGUGGGAGCCACGCGAGGCUUCUACCCACACCUGUUGCUGGCGCUGGUCACGCAGCUGCACGAGCUGGCCCGCGGCGCCCGCUCCCCGGACAGCCCCGGCCGCCGGGGACCGCCCCACAGCCACGCCAGCUGCACGGUGGAGGCCCUGAAGGCCCUGCUCGCGGGGGACGGGGCCCGCAUGGUGGUCACCUGCAUGGAGCAGGCCGGCGGCUGGCGGAGACUGGCGGGAGCACACACCCACCUGGAGGGCGUCCUGCUGCUGGCCAGCGCCAUGGUCGCCCACGCGGACCACCACCUUCGCGGCCUCUUCGCGGACCUGCUGCCCCGGCUGCGAAGCCCCGACGGCGCCCAGCGGCUCACAGCCAUGGCCUUCUUCACCGGGCUGCUGCAGAGCUGGCCUACGGCGCGGCUCCUGCGGGCCGACCUCGUCCUGGAGCGGCUUCGCGCGUGGCAGGGGGACCCGGAGCCCACCGUGCGCUGGCUGGGCCUGCUGGGCCUGGGCCACUUCGCCCUCAACCGCGGGAAGGUGCGGCACCUGAGCGCCCUGCUGCCAGCGCUGCUGGGCGCCCUGGGCGAGGGCGACGCCCGGCUGGUGGGCGCCGCGCUGGGGGCCCUGCGGAGGGUCCUGCUGCAGCCGCGGGCGCCCGUGCGGCUGCUGAGCACCGAGCUGAGGCCGCGGCUCCCGCCGCUGCUGGAUGACGCCAGGGACGCGGUCCGCGCCUCGGCGGCCGGGCUCCUGGGCACCCUGGUGCGGCGGGGCCGGGGCGGGCUCCGGCUGGGCCUCCGGGGUCCCCUGCGGAAACUGGUGCUGCAGAGUCUGGUGCCGCUGCUGCUGCGCCUCCACGACCCGAGCCGGGACACUGCUGAGAGCUCAGAGUGGACCCUGGCCCGCUGUGACCAGGCGCUCGGGUGGGGCCUGCUGGAGGAGGUGGUCACCGUGGCCCACUACGACAGCCCCGAGGCUCUGGGCCGCGUCUGCCACCGCCUGGUCCAGCGGUACCCCAGCCACGUGCCCCGCUUUCUGAGCCAAACCCAGGGCUACCUGCGAAGUCCGCAGGGCCCGCUGCGCCGGGCAGCUGCCAUGCUCAUAGGCUUCCUCGUCUAUUAUGCCAGCCCCCGUGGAGUCCAUGGGGAUCUGCUGGACUCUCUGUUUCAGGACCUAGGGCAGCUGCAAAGGGACCCGGAGCCCGCAGUGGCCACAGCGGCUCAGGUGUCCGCCCAGCAGGUGGCGCUGCUGGCCCGGGCGCAGGGACGCACACACAGGCCCUGCCUCCUCCGCCUCUUGAAGCGGAGUCCGGGCCCAGCCCACCCCAUGCCGCUCUACGCCGACAGUCCCUUCCAGCGACGGAGUCUGGCCGGCCGCUGGAGCUGCCCCCAGCCCCGCUGAACCUG